CCGUGGAGGAGGAGGGCGGGUGGGAUGGGCCGGAGGAGUCGCCGCCGCCCUUAAAGGCUGUGUUGGAAAGGAGCAAGUUGCCCAUCCCCACCCCGGGAGGGUCCUCCACAAUGGUGUCGGUCACCAUGGCCACAUCAGAGUGGAUCCAGUUCUUUAAGGAAGCUGGGAUCCCACCAGGACCUGCCGUCAACUACGCCGUGAUGUUUGUGGACAACAGGAUCCAGAAGAACAUGCUGCUGGACCUCAACAAGGAGAUCAUGAAUGAGCUAGGGGUGACCGUCGUGGGCGACAUCAUCGCCAUCCUCAAGCACGCCAAGGUGGUGUACCGUCAGGACGUGUGCAAGGCGGCGACCGAGUCCAUGUCCUCCAGCCCUGGUGGCCUGCAGUCGGAACUGAGGCGUAGUGCCAACUGUGCGGCCACGCGGAUGAUCGCCAACAGCCUGAGCCGGGAUUCUCCCCCCUCCACCCCGGUGCGAAGGCCCGAAACUGCCACCUCUAAGAUCUCCGUCACCGUGUCCAACAAGAUGGCCGUGAAGAACGCCAAGGCUGCAGCCGUGGCCGACCCUGUGGACGAGAGCCCCGACGUCCCAGUGAAGCGGCGCCGGGUGACGGCGGAGAUGGAGGGGAAGUACAUCAUCAACAUGCCCAAGGGGACCACCCCGCGGACACGCAAGAUCCUGGAGCAGCAGGCCGCCAGGGGACUCCAGAGGACGUCCGUGUUCGACCGGCUCGGCGCUGAAACCAAGGCGGACACCACCAGUGCAAACAAGCCCACCGGGGUCUUCAGCCGCCUGGGGGACGCCCUGGAACCCGAGGAAGACCGGGCGGCCGACAGCGAUGACGACAGCAGCUCGGUGCUGCAGUACGCCGGGGUCCUCAAGAGGACGUCCAAGCUCCCGCCCAAGGACAGCCCCAAGCCCGGCGUCCCCGUCAAGGCCAAGGCCACCAGCUCCCAGGCCAAGCCGGCCGCCCCCACCCUCCGGCGGCUCGACGCCGGGCGGGGGGCUCCGGAGAGGAAGGCCGAGCCGCUCCCCAAAGUCAGCGUGGUCCAGAGACUGGGCAAGGCGGCCCCGCCCCCCGAAGCCCAGGACUGCAGAGUGACCAGCACCAAGAGUAAGUCCCCGGCCAGGUUCCGGCUCAUCAUUCAGCGGACCGUGGCGUCCGCGAGCGUCAGCAGCAGCAGCGGCGGCGGCGGCGGCGCCAGCGAGGGUCACGGUGCCCAGAUGGACAACACGGGCCCCGUGAGCGUGUUCAAGAGACUCGGACGCAAGAGCAACUAGCCCCUCGCUGGCUGCCCCGCGGCCUCGCUGGACUCUGUCCGCGCUGCCCUCGGCCCCCCGCGGCCGCCGCGCCUCUUCAGCCGCGCCCCCGGGCCUGGCUCGGCCCGUCCCUGACGGUAGCGCCCUGGGUGGGCCGGCCCGGACCGAGCCAGCCGGGUCGAGGGGGCCUUCGGCCGCGCUGGGAGGGGAAGGUGUCAGGGGGAGCGGCCGGGCUGCGGCCGGGCCUCCCGGCAGGCCCUCCUGAGUGCCCGGAGAUUUCCAUGGGCCCAUCUGGGGUGGGACUCCACUUCCCAGCAGCCCGUAGGGGUCACCGUGUGUGGCCAGCACGCACUCCGUCUCCCCCCAACACCCCUUACUUCUGGACCCACUCAACCCUGCUCCAUUCCGGGUGAAAAGGAUGGGGCUGAAACCGGCCAGGGUGGGGCCUGUGGACCACCUUUUUUUAACCUCCUCCUCCUCCUCUCCCCCCACGAAACACUUGGGUCACUGCAGUAGCUGGGGUACCAGGGCCCUCCGCCGCACCCCCUCUGGCCCGGUACCCGCCCCCGCAAACCGCCGAAGCGGAUUGGAGAGACGGACUUUGGGAUGGGCUCGGACCGCUCCCCAGCCCGAAUCCAUCCCCUCCUCCCGGGAUGCCUUCUCCCCGGGUCCCCCCGUAGAGUGGGGCGACCGAGGGGCAGGGGAGCAGUGUCACUGGUGCUCUUCACCCCGGCCGGCCUGGGUACUCCGGGCGUUCGGCCCAAGGGCUUCUACGUGCCUGACAUUGGUGUCUAGACCUUCGGUGGUCUCUCUGUGGCAGAGGGCGGGGGGUGCUCCUCCGCACACUGUGGGGGCGGAGGUGGAAGGCGGAGGGUGUCCGGCAUCUCUGCCCCUUGCGGCCUUUCUCGCCACAACCCCGCCGGGCCGGUUGUGAAAGGGGAGGGUUCCCUGCGGGGAGGGGGCGGACCGAACGGCCCCUUCCCCGUCCCCCCCGCACACACACUUUGCUCCCUCCUGCCGACCUGCCUCCUUCACACUCUCAUUUCUCUUCUGUUUCCUGUGCCGCUGGGAAGGCCCGCCCACCCGCCGCUCCCUGCCCGCCACCGUCCAUCCGUUGAAGCGCCCUCGCCGCCGCCCGUGGCGCCCGGCCGCUCGGAACCGUUAGG